CCAUCUUCUUCUUCUUCCUCCUCCUCUCAUAAACUCUCUCAACUAGCUAGUAACCUUGCUUAUACAUAUUACUGCGGCAGCGUGAUAGCACUUAUCACUAAGAUAAGUUAUGGGAUUUGCAUUUAAAUAUGGCUAUUCCCUUCUUUGUAUCAUGGCACUACUGCCUGCAAUAAGUUACUCCCAAGACUACACAUUCUCAAGAGCAACUUAUUAUGGUAGCCCUGAUUGCUUAGGGACACCAUCUGGAGCUUGCGGGUUUGGAGAAUAUGGAAGGACGGUCAACGAUGCUAAUGUGGCCGGAGUUUCAAGACUCUACAAGAAUGGCACUGGCUGCGGUGGUUGCUAUCAGGUUAGGUGCAAAGCACCAAAUCUUUGCACCGAUGAUGGGGUGAACGUAGUGGUUACUGACUAUGGUGAAGGAGACAAAACUGACUUCAUCCUCAGCCCACGCGCCUAUGCAAGAAUGGCACAUCCAAACAUGGCCUUAGAACUGAUUGCGUAUGGUGUUGUCGAUGUAGAAUUCCGGAGGAUCCCUUGCCGUUACUCCGGUUAUAACCUCAUGUUCAAGGUCCAUGAGCAUAGCAGGUUUCCUGAUUACUUGGCUAUAAUUCUCUUGUACCAAGCUGGCCAAAAUGAAAUUUUAGCUGUGGAGUUAUGGCAGGAGGAUUGCAAGGAAUGGAGAGGCAUGAGAAGAGCCUAUGGGGCAGUGUGGGAUAUGCCUAACCCACCAAAGGGUGCCAUCAGCUUGAGGUUCCAAGUAAGUGGCAGUGCAGGCGUCACAUAUUGGGCCCAAGCAGCAAAUGUUAUACCGAGUGAUUGGAAGGCUGGGAUUGCUUAUGACUCUACCGUUCAGCUUUCUUAAAUAUAUUGAAGAAAUAAGUUAUUGGUUUGUGCACUGGUAGGGCAUCCAGGAACCUCCCAAGUAAUUGUUUCUUGUUAGCUUGCUUCUGUCUUUAGUUAUUGAUGUAUUUUGUAAUCCAGCAAGUGCUCUUUGCUGUGAAGUGUGAGCAAUAAAAAAUUGGGGUUCUGUA